CCCAACUAUAAUUUUUCCCCCACACCUCGCCAGGUGCCCCACCAUAAACAUUCACACGCCUCUACCGCCCGCCACCCCACCACACAAUCACCAUGGCCUCCUACGUGAUCGCGCGACUCCUGUCGCAAGCCCUCUCCAUCGAACCCACUCCCAAAGACAUCCAGCGAAUCCUGGUCCUCAUCUCGGGCAGCGGCACGAACCUGCAAGCGCUCCUCGACGCCUCGCUCCCCGGGCAGAUAAUCCACGUCCUUUCGAACCGCAAAUCGGCCUUUGGGCUGACGCGGGCGGCCAACGCCGGCAUCCCCACGUCUUACCACAACCUGCUCUCGUACAAGUCGCGGUACCCCACGGACGAGGAGGCGCGCGCGGCCUACGACGCCGAGCUCGCGGCGUUGAUCCUCGCGCAGCAGCCCGACCUCGUCGUCUGCGCCGGCUGGAUGCAUAUUCUCUCCGAGGCGGCGCUGCGCCCGCUGAAGGAGAAGGGCGUGGACAUCAUCAAUCUUCACCCCGCCCUGCCCGGCUGCUUCGAUGGGAAGGAUGCUAUCCAGCGCGCGUGGAGCGCGUUCCAGCAGAGCGAGAUCACGGAGACCGGUAUCAUGAUACAUCAUGUCAUUGGCGCGGUAGAUAGGGGCGAGCCCAUCAUUGUGCGCAAGGUCGAUAUGAGAGAGGGCGAGUCGGUGGAGGAGCUGGAGGCGAGGAUGCAUGCCAUUGAGCAUGAGGCUAUUGUGGAGGGAACCAAGUUGGUGCUCGAGGAGAGGUUACGGAGGUAGACCUGUGCGUUGGGAUAGUGGGAAUUCAAAAAAAACGGCGUUCGUUGGGUGGUGGUCAAUUGACGGAAAUGGGGGUACAUUCUUUGAUGAUUGGGUUUGGUGCGAUAUGUAAGCCAUUGAGACGUGAGAAUUCUGAUGAGCAUCCUGAUGAGCAUCCCAUCCCCAUUUGCAGUUCAAUCUUGAAGAAAC